CCUAGAACCGUGCACUUCGGUCGCGUUCGCGCCAUUGGUGUGCAUUCCUAAACCGACCAGCUUGUAUGUGAUGGACUGGCCAUGGAGUUAUGGAAAGGACCAGGGACUGAGCGCCGACUACGACAGCUAUGGCAAAGGUAGCUUUGGCAAAGGAAGCUACGGCAAAGACAGCUUUGGCAAAGAUAGCCUUGGCAAAGACAGCUUUGGCAAAGUGAGCAUUGGCAAGGACGGCUUUGGCAAAGGAAGCUUCGGCAAGGACGGCUUUGGCAAAGGAAGCUACGGCAGCAGCUAUGGCAAAGGUAUUUACGGCUAUGGUAAAGACAGCUAUGGCAAGGAUGGCUAUGGCAAAGACAGCUAUGGCAAAGACAGCUAUGGCAAAGACAGCUAUGGCAAAGACAGCUAUGGCAAAGGCAGCUUUGGGAAGGACAGCUACUUCAAAGGUGGCUAUGGCAAAGACUUUGGGAAAAGUAGCUACAGCAAAGGCUAUGGCAAAGACUACGGUAAGGAAGGCUAUGGCAAAGGUGGCUAUGUCAGCUACAACAGCCCUGCUUAUGGCAGGCCAUGGAAGUCCGAGAGGCCAAACGGGCGCUGCAAGGGCGGCUUCAAAGGCCUGGAGGAUGUUCCUCCUCCACCCAAGCCAGCAGGAAAGGAAAGAACGAGAGCCAAGCCAGCUGCGAGUCGGC